UGAGUACCCUCCAAUCCAUUUUUCUUCAACAAGGACUAUCCAUUUCUAUAUUUCCUAUCAAGCUACAUGCUCUUUCUUUCCUCUCUCCAAAGCCUUUUUCAUCUAUCAUCUCUUUUUUUUAUUACACAAAACCAUAGUGUUAGUGUAUCAAGUCUUCCUUUAGGAAUCUUGAGUAGUGUUAUUCUCCAAUAUGUCUGAUAACCCUUUUUAUCAUGAUUACAUGGGAACUGGAGGGAUCAAUACAUUUCCUUUCUUUGGUGAAAAUCCCUCAAAUUAUGACCAGCCAAUUCCUAAUAAUAUGCAAAAUCCACAUCAACAAUUUGUUCCUUCUUCUUACAUGACUCUCACUGAGUGUUUACAUAGCUCUAUGGAUUACAACACUUUAUCAAGUGCUUUUGACAUGUCUUGCUCAAACUCUGAAGUAGUUUGUCCACAUGUCGAUAAUCAAGACUCUUCUAGGAAAAGUAACAUCUCUGUUGUUGCAGAACCUGUCUUAGAUUCGCCUCUGGGAGAAACGAGCGUUGAAAUUCCACCAACGCCAAAUUCUUCGAUAUCUUCUACUUCUAAUGAGGCUGGAGGGGACAUAGAUUCUUCCAAAAUCAAGAAACAUAUGCAGAAAAAAGGGUGUCAAGAAGAAGGAGAUGACAAGUCUAAGAAAGAGUGCAAAGCAAAAAAGAAAGCAGAAAAAAAGCAAAAAGAACAACGAUUUGCUUUCAUGACAAAGAGUGAGAUUGACAAUCUUGAAGAUGGUUAUCGAUGGAGAAAGUAUGGACAGAAGGCAGUGAAAAACAGCAACUUCCCAAGGAACUAUUAUAGAUGCACGACUCAAAAGUGUGGUGUGAAGAAACGUGUGGAAAGGUCAUAUGAAGAUCCAUCAAUUGUGAUAACUACAUAUGAAGGCCAACACAACCAUCAUUGUCCAGCAACCCUUAGGGGAAAUUCAUCAUUCUUAUAUUCUUCAUCACAGUUUAUGCCAAAUUUUCCUCCACAACUAUUUGCUCAAAUGCUUCCACCAACAAGCAACCAAAAUCUCCUCAUUAGUUCUUCGGCCUAUAUUAAUAAUAGUAAUUAUCAUCAACACCAAGGUUCAGAAUACAGCCUAUUUGGUGGAGGCACAAAUGGUUCAUGGAUCCACAAGCAAGAGCCAUCCUAGUACUACAAGAAAUGAGAUUUUCGUGGCGAUUUAUUAACUCGUAAACCUGGUCGUGACGAAAAGUGAUAAUUUUAAUGGUGAUUGUCGCAUAGUGGCGAUUACACUUAGUCCGCCACGAAUUUGUACGAAUAUUUAUUUUCUUAUAAGUUUUUUUUUUUUUUUCAUUUUCUUGUAGUGAUAGACGAAGUUUUUCCCUUUAAUUUGGUUUUUCAUGGCGAUUGACACAUAAAGUUAGAGAAAAUGUGAUAGUUUUAGUGGCGAUCAUGAUUGUCGCUACAUAAAACAUUUUAUGGCUAUUACACUUAGUCCGCCAGGAAUUUGUAUGAAUUUCUCUUUUCUUCUAAGAAAGAUUUCUUUGA